AUGUCAUCUUCCAGGUCGAGAAAAGAAAGGCGAUCCUCCGCAACUCCAGCUCCCAAGCAGGCCACUUUAAUCUCCAAUUGGGAUGGCCCUGGAGGUCGUCACGACAACGACCAUGCUGACGUUUGCCGAAUCCAGAUCCUUCCCAGCUCGGAGGAGAUAUCAAGUCUACGUGCAGAGUAUCUGCCCCUCAAUGACCCAACACAGUGGCACCUGGCCGGCAUUGAAGGCGUACUGGACAGAAACUUACGACUUCUGCGAGAGGACGGUGUUGGCCAGCUGAGGCAUGCAGUCCAUCAACUCAUUGAAAGUUCGCAAUCAUACCAUUCCGGCACUCCACAGUUGCGUCACAAUCACUACAAUAACGCAAGGAUUGCUAGGGUCAAGUGGGAUGAGUUUUUGGGUUUACAGAUUGAGAUAGCAUUUCCACAGCCGGGAAAACUGAGUGCCAUGUCGAUCGCUGAUCGGAAGAUCUGGUGGCAGACUUCCAAGCGUCUCCAGUUCGGUACCCUGUUUUGCUUGAUAUGCGACAAGCGCUUUGUACUGUUUUGCACCGUUGCUAGCCAGAGUCCACCCUGGAGGAACAACGCUCGAGCGAUGGAAGAAAUUUUCGGCCUUCAAGAAUUGUGGAACGAUAAAGCUGACGCACAUGCCACUUUUACGCUCGUUGACUUGGAGGAGUCCAAUAUGCGGGCACUCCUUGGUCUUCUUGGUGUGAAUACAAGACGGUUCUCCAUGUUUGAAUUCCCCAACGUGCUUAGAGUCUGUUCCGCUUGCUAUACCAAAUUCACGAAAAUACAAACUCCUAGCCAGAAUUCAUUCAUGUAG